CAACGUGUGUCUUUAAACUUUCUCUUCACCGAGAUUUUAUUCCUUUUACGCAUUAGCGACAAAUCCCCCUUUUCUAGGUCGUCACGAUGCAGCAGCCACCACAAAACGCCGCCGGAGCAGGGCAGCAGAUCCCUUCUGACCAGCAAGCCUAUCACCAGCAGAAACUCUCGUGGAUGAUGCAACAGCAACAGGGCCAGCAAUGGAACCAGCAGUCAGCGCCGUCACAGGGUCAACAGCCCUACGGAUCUCAGAAUCCAGGAUCCGAUAACGAGAUUCGCUCCCUGUGGAUCGGCGCCUUGCAGCCGUGGAUGGACGAAAGCUACAUCAUGACCGUCUUCGCUCAGGCCGGCGAGGUUCAAUCGGCUAAAGUGAUUCGCAAUAAACUGACUGGUAUGUGCGAGGGUUACGGAUUCGUUGAGUUCGCUAACCACGCUGCAGCUGAGCGUGUGUUGCAGACAUACAACGGUACUCAGAUGCCUAACUCUGACCAGACCUUCAGGCUGAACUGGGCUCAGGCCGGGGCUGGUGAGAGACGCCAAGCUGAAGGGCCUGAGUACACUAUCUUUGUGGGCGACCUGGCUCCUGAAGUUACUGACUUCAUGCUCGCGGAGACGUUUUCGAAUGUGUACGCGUCUGUCAAGGGGGCUAAGGUUAUGAUGGACAGGAGCACUGGACGGACGAAGGGAUAUGGGUUUGUUAGGUUUGGGGAUGAAAGUGAGCAGAUGCGUGCGAUGGGGGAAAUGAAUGGUCAGUACUGCUCGAGUAGGCCUAUGCGUCUUGGUCCCGCUGCCAACAAGAAGCCUCUUGCAAUGCAGCCAGGCAUGUAUCAGGACACCCAAGGAGGAGGAAAUCCUGGAGAAAGCGAUCCAAGUAACACAACUAUAUUUGUUGGUGCUCUGGAUGCUAGCGUUACAGACGAAGAAUUGAGGGCAGUUUUUGGUCAAUUUGGAGAACUUACUCACGUGAAAAUACCUCCGGGGAAGCGUUGUGGAUUCGUUCAGUAUGCCACCAGGGCGUCUGCGGAGCAUGCACUUUUAAAUCUGAAUGGAACACAAUUAGGUGGACAAAGCAUCCGUCUUUCAUGGGGACGUAGUCCGAACAACCAGGCACAGCCUCAUCAAGCUCAAUGGAAUGGUGGUGGUGGAUACUAUGGAUACCCUCCACAGCCGCAGGGCUUUGAACCAUAUGGUCAUGGAGCUCCUCGUCCUCAGGAUCCUAGUGCGUACUAUGGUGGCGGUUACGGUGGCUAUGGCAACUAUCAGCAGCAACGGCAGUGAAAGAUCAACAACACCAGCUUUUUCUACCAAAGUCUUGGACAAUGGGCAAAAUAUAUAUCAGUCAUCGUUGAGUCUUGAUAGGAAAUUAGAUUUAAAAGUGUUUUGUCUUUUACAUGAAGUGAGUAUGGUUUUGCUAUUGGGUUAAUGUUGUGUUCUUAAACCAAAAAAAUAAUAAGGUUGGAUUUGCUAUGGACAUGUUUAUUUAAUGUUGAAACUCUGUUUUUUUAAAA